CUUGGAAUCAGAAAAACUGGAUUUAUAUUAUGAGUGUGCUUUAUUCUGUGACCAUGGAAGGGUCAUUUAAACUCUCAUAGUCUUGGACUCUGGAUAUAGAAAGGCAAAAAUCAAAGUAGCCAACCAGUUAUCAAGCAUUUAUUAAGCAUGUAUUAUGCUCCGGGCAUUGUGUUAAAUGCUGGGGAUACUAAAACAAUCCCAUCCCCUCAACUCCAUAGUUUAAUGGGGGAGACAACAUGCAACUUUGUACAAAUAGGAUGGUAAUCUGAUGGAAACUGGCAGCUAAGAAAUCCAAGUUCUGAAAAGACUAUGCCCAUUUAUGUGACUCUUGAACAUUUGUCCCAAUGUCUUUCAUAAUCUUGUGAGAGGAGAAGGUGUUAGUCCUGCUGUCAUCUUGGUCAAGUUACUAAAUCUCUCUGGGUCUCAGUUUCCCCAUUUGUAAUCUUAAGGAGGCUUCUUGUAUAAGGUAGGACUUCAGCCAAAACUUGAAGGAAGCCAGGAGGCAGAGAUAAGGCAGAGAUCGUUCCAGGCUUAGGGGCCAGCCAGUGAAAAGUGUUUUGGAGUCUAGAAAUGUAAGGUCUUGCUUAGGAACUGCGGAGGAUUGCAGAGUAUGUGGAAUUAAGUAAAACAUAAGAGGACUGGAAAGGUUCUGAAAAGCCUCCUACCUCUCCUCUUCCUCCCCAGAUAGUAAGCAAUCCAAUAUAGAUAAAUAGAUAUCAUAUUAAACAUAUUUCCACAUUAAUCAUGCUGUGAAAGAAGAAUCAGAAAAGGGAAAAACCAUGAGGAAAAAAAAUCUUUGGAAUGAAAACUAUGGAUUCCAAAAUUGCACAUUUAACAGAAUUGUCAGUCUUCAUAAGUAGAGGAAUUUUCCAUCCACAAGUGCCCCAUCAUUGAAACGACUCAUCUAGACUAAAACAAAGAAGUCUCCAGUGCUCCCCAUAUUCUAAUAAAUGCUUAUUAAAUUGUAGUGCCUGCUGUGUAGAAGGUACCAAGGGACACAGACAAAAACAAAGUACUUCUUUCCCGCAAGGAUCUUAAAUUGUAUAGGAGAAGCUUACAGCAUGUACACAAGCAAGUCAUUUCAAAGUAACACGAAGUAAUUAAGAGAUAGUGAAAGGUGCAGUGGAUAGAAACCUGGAUCUAGAGUCAGGAAGACUGAAAUUCAAAUUUGGUCUCAGAUAUUAGCUGUACCACCGUGGGCCAGUCACAUAAUCCCUGCCUGCCUUAGUUUCCUCAUUUAUAAAAAAAAAAAAAAAAAAAAAAAAAAACCUUCCAGUAUUUUUGUGAGGAUAAAUGAGAUAUUUAUAUAUUGCAAACCUUAAAGUUCUAUAGAGAAAAUGAGUGCCAGUAACUGGAAGUGAAGAGGAAGGAGAGGGCAGGAAGGGCCUCCUGUAGGAGAUGUUGCCUGGUAGUGUUUUGAAGGAAGUUAGGCAUUUGUUAGGUAAAGAUGAGAGAAUGCAUUCUGGCUAGAAAGUAUCACUUGUGCAAACACUGGGACCAGAGUGAAUGCUGGAUAUGGAGAGCAGCUGGUAAGUCAGUUUUAUGGGAACAGAAUUAGGUGAGAAUCAGAUCAUGGAAGGUUUGAAAUCUAGAAGGGCAACUUGCUCAAGAAAGAAAUUAUGAGUGGAUAGUUUUGAGCGCAAGAAGGUAUUAAAUAGAAGAAUAUUUUUUAAAGAUAUUGUUUUCAUUUUAAAAGGUGAGAAUUCUGCUAUAAAUACGUGUUACCAAAUUUCAGUUAAAUGAAUUAAAGUGGAUUUCAUGUUUUCAUGUAGUUACUAUGGUGAUAGGUGCUAUGUACAGAGGACUAUUGUGACAUAACCUGCAGAGAUUUCCCCUAGAAUUUCCUUUUACAUUGUCCACCAAGACCUGUUGAAUCUGGCAGCUCUACCCUUCCAGACAUCCAGUAGUGGCGUCCAGUCCCUUCUUUUUUAGACCAGUGUUAGUCUGUACCAUUUUAGCCAAUAAAGUCAGGACUCAGUGAAGAACAGAUCUUGUCUUUGUCUCUGAAUAACCCGGGAGUAAAAAAAGGGCUGCUGUGAAUGACAAGUGUUCCCUCUGUGCCAAGCACUGUGAAGCUUGAGAAUUCCUGUCGCAUACCUUUGCUGCUAAAAAACCUGACCAGAGGGGUAAAAGAAAACUUGAAGAGUUUCACUAAGCCAAAAUGUCAACUGAAUUGGAGACACCAUCAGAGGGAGUGGAUGAAUCUGAAAAAAGAGGCUAUGGAGAACCCGAAUGGAAAAACCAUGCAAAACAAACGGAUCUUUCUGAGCUUCUAAAGGAUGGGACCAAGGAGUCUCAUGACCGUGCUGAGAAUACCCAGUUUGUCAAAGAUUUCUUGAAAGGCCAUAUCAAGAAGGAUCUCUUCAAGCUAGCUACCACUGCACUUUAUUUCACAUACUCGGCUCUGGAAGAAGAGAUGGACCGCAACAAGAGUCACCCAGCCUUUGCUCCCUUGUAUUUCCCUACGGAGCUACACCGUAAAGAAGCACUGACCAAGGACAUGGAGUAUUUCUUUGGUGAGGACUGGAGGGAGAAAGUGAAGUGUUCGGAGGCUACUCAGCACUAUGUAGACCGGAUCCAUUAUGUGGGGCAGCACGAACCUGAGCUCCUUGUGGCCCAUGCCUACACCCGGUACAUGGGGGACCUCUCUGGGGGCCAGGUACUGAAGAAGGUGGCUCAGCGGAUACUGAAGCUGCCAAGCACAGGAGAAGGGACCCAGUUUUACCUGUUUGAGAAUAUAGACAAUGCCCAGCAGUUCAAGCAGUUUUAUCGGGCCAGGAUGAAUGCCCUGGACCUGGAUCUGAAGACCAAGGAGAAAGUUGUCGAGGAGGCUAACAGGGCCUUUGAGUACAACAUGCAGAUUUUCAAUGAACUGGAUAAGGCUGGUUCUUUGCUGGCCAAAGAAUCCCAGGAUGGAGAGCUCCUAAUACAUGAUGGAAAAGGAGAUAUCCGCAAGUGCCCGUACUAUGCUGCUCAACAAGGUAAAGGUGCCCAUGAGGGUAGUGCUUGCCCCUUCAAAAAUGUCCUGGUCGUAUUGAGGCAGCCCAACCUUCAACUCGUCCUCGCUGCUGUUGUGGCCCUGGCUUCUGGACUGAUGGCUUGGUACUUCAUGUGAAGGAGCAACCCGGGACCCUGGUAUCCUCCAGGAAUGAUCUCACUCAAUUUACCCCUAUCCCUACCCUAAUCCUGCUGACUAAACCACCUCCUCAGGUGACUUUUUUUUUUUUUUUUUUUUGGUUAAAAAAAAGCUGGGUUUGAGAAAACAACCAACCAAUAAAACCAGACACUAAAGUUAACACCCAACAGGUUGCUCUCUGCAAUAUGAUUUUGUAACCCAAAUAUUAAAGGGGGUGGGAGUGGUUUAGAGUCAUGGAUCCUCCUCAGCAAUAUAAACUCAGAGGAAGACACAAACCCAGAACUUAGCGAUACAGGAAGCACAGCUUAAAUCCAAAACCGUCUAUGCAGUUGGAGCAAUUUCCCUCAGCCUCUUGGAAUGAACUCUUCCCCUAAGGGCUCUACCUUGUACUUAAGAGUUCUCUUCUUUCCUCUCAUCUCUCAUCACUCAGGUUUGUGUUGAUCACUUUCAGUGGAUGAGAUGCUUCAUUCAAAACAAUGGUUAACAUGUAGGGUUGGAAAAGAGGGAGAGAGAAAAAGAAUAAAGCUGCUAUAUUGUGUCCACCACACCAAAAGCAGGGGGACAAAUAGCCCUGGGAGGAAAAUGGCCUGUGUUUCUGGGCUUGGGAACCAGGCUUCUACCCUAGACUGUGAGGAAGUUUCAUUUUGACUACUUCCUUCAGCAGACCAAUCCUUAUUGUCUCUUAUGAACGGAACCACAGAAGCAAAGAGUUAGGCUUCUCAUGUAACCAAUAUAAAUGCUAAAGCAUCCAAUAAAGUUUAUACUUCAAA